AUGAAGGGCAAGGCCGACACCUCCAAGAAGGAUGAGGGCAGGCUCCGGGCUGGCGGUGGCGCCGGCAAGCGCAAGAAGGCCGCCGCGAGCGGCAAGCCCAAGCGCCCGCCCUCCGCCUUCUUCGUCUUCAUGUCUGAAUUCAGGCAGGAGUACCAGGCGCAGCACCCUGGCAACAAGAGCGUUGCGGCCGUGAGCAAGGCAGCAGGAGAAAAGUGGCGUGCUAUGUCAGAGCAAGAGAAGCAGCCAUAUGUGGACCAAGCUGGGCAGAAGAAGCAGGACUAUGAGAAGACUAAGGCGAACUUUGAUAAGAAGGAGAGCACAAGCUCAAAGAAGGCUAAGACUGAGGAUGAAGAUGGCUCAAAGUCCGAGGUCGAUGACGAGGAUGACGAGGAAAACGAUGACGAUGAGUAA